GGUUAACCUUGAAGUGGAAGUAACCGCCUCCUCUGUCUGGUUGUCUCUGUUUUUGCGGCGGAUCCGUCUAUUUCAGAGCGAAGCUGCUCUUUCAUGUUGCAUCAUUUAGUGAUUGAAAAUGUCCUGUGGAUGACUUCUUCAACCGUCGUCUUCAUUUGACGGCAAACUGCAGCUUUGGUGUCGGCACUGAGGACGAUUUAAUGGGGAAUUUAUCACCCCUUUGCAUUUGGAUUGACUGAGUUGGAGUGACUGUCAAGAUGCGUUCCAGUGCGGAUGGACAAUCCAGCCCCCGCAGCAGAGGAAGCACUAAUGACAAUAAUAACAAUAGCAGCAGUAAUGAGAACAGUGGAAACUCUGGUUCCCAGUAUGCACUCUGUGCUCUGGGUGUUGGACUGGUGGCCCUGGGCAUCGUGAUGAUCGUGUGGAGCGUCGUACCUGCAGAAACCACUGCGAACAGCGGCAGCAGCAGUGCGGGUGGAGGAGAAGGUGAUUCUACUGGAUCAAGAAAAAGUAAAGCUUCCUCUGUGGCCUUUGUCCUGGUGGGCUCGGGGGUGGUCAUGCUGCUGCUGUCCUUGUGUUUGGGGAUGAGGAACAAGCAGCGGGAGCAGCAGAGGCUCCAGGAGUCCCAGAACCACACAAGAAUGACAGCCAGGGAGAAUGGGGAUGCAGAAAGCCCGGAGGAAGAUGCUCAGCGCUAUGCUGUACCUACCUAUGAAGAGGCAGUCGGCAGUGGCCAGUACCCCGUACGUCAGAGCAACCUUCAGCCCGUCUCCUCCCAGCUCCCCUCCUAUGAUGACUUGGUACAAGUUGAUGGGGUGCAGUAUGAAUUUGAGGGCUCAGAUGUCACUGGAUCACAGCCUGGCCCCACUUCUGUCCCGACAACUACUGCUGCUUCUGCAUCGAACCGUAAACAUGGCAAAAGUGGUCGCAAGCUCCUCCCCAUCAAGAUCCGGAGGAUUAAAUCAGAAAAGAUGCAUAAUUCUCAGCCAGCUACUGGGAUCAGUAUAGAACCACUCACCCCACCGCCACAGUAUGAGGACAAGGUGCCUCCCCUUUAAGGUUUAUGUUGAUUUAGGUCCGUAUAGUUGCUAGAAACUACCAUCAUGACAUCAUCAGCUCAUGGUGAGCACAAUCCUCCUGGAAUCUUCUCAGUAUCAAAUUAAUCUGUCAUGUUCCAUUAUUUCAAAGAAUCGACAAACAGAAACCUGUGCUUUGACAAACUGGAACUCUUUUCUGCACAUGAGACAAAGGUGAAUAUUGGAACAAAAGCAUACACCAAAUAGCGCUCUCCUUGUAAUGCCAAAGUAGCUUCUUUGACAUUCAUUGUGAUUAUGUAAGUGACACACAUUGAUGAUAUCCUAAGACUUCACGGGGGAGGAUUUUUAAACACAAGAGGAUGAGAAGAAGCUGUUAAAGCAACUCUGACUGACUAGCAGCAGAGGGUGACAGUGACAGUGCGUUAAAUCUUCUCAGUGGGCUUGACCCCAUCUACCACCAUUAUACACACACGUACACACUCCUUGACAGGCUAUGAGAUUGUUGCUUUUAGAGCUUCUUGGCUUCUGUUCAACCAGCAGCUUAACUCCCACAUCCUCCAUUACCGAAGACUUCUUUACCCUCUGGAAUAAUUCACUUUGAUCAAUGUGUUCUCACAAGAAUUCUGCAGGAAAUUGUUCUAUAAGUUAAAAGCUAAAAAUGAAAAAAAAAAUAAUAAUAAUUUUACAGUUGCAUAAGUAUCCCUGUGCCUGAAACACUUGUAACGACAUUCCAAAAGAGCUGGCUUGGAGUCCCACAAUACACUCUAUAACAUGAUUGGCACAAUGUGCUAAAAAUUGUUAUUUUUGGCCAACACACGUUAUCAUUAUUUGAAUUUGAGUGUUAACUACUCUGUCCCGAUCCAGCUUUUUCACAGCCAAACAAAUACUGAUAUUGCAUCCUUGAGUAUUGGUCGAUACAUACAAAACAUACAUACUUUUUUUUUUUUUUUUUUUUUUUUUUUUUACUUAUUCUCUUGUGUGAAAUAUUAGAAAAGUUGCUAAAAAUGACAUCUUUUAUCAUGGACCCUUUAGCAUGUGUUCACACUUGUCAUGUUUGGUUUGGCUAAAACAAACUCUGGUGCGAUUGCUCUGCUAGUACUGUUCGUUGGAUGAACACGAUCAUACGAACUCUGUGCGGUUCAGUUCACUUGAGCUGAAUUGUGAACACAACACGGACCAAAGAUGGGUACAAAUGUUAAAAUUACAGCAAAAAGCAUGCAGAAGUUACCAAUAUGUAAGAGAAAAUGAGUAGGAAGCGCUGUCUCUCUGCUCUGCCCUCUCACAAUGGCACUCUUUGAAAGUAUAUUUAGAAGCUUUUGUAAAAUAUAGCAGAAUAUAAAAAUAAGUUAUUUAUUCAACCCAGCAAAUUUUGGAUUGAUUUACUUAUGUCACAAAAGCUGCUACAUCAAGUCUUUACUUUUAUGUUGUGAACACGAAGUGAAGCGCUUUUUUAUUUUUGGUUUGGACCAGCAUCCCGAACCACAAGUGUGAAUGCAGCCUUAGUCUGUUUUAGCCAGACUUUAGUUGGACCACAGUGUGUCUCGCUCCUCAGUUUGUGUACAUACCGUAAAAGUUAUGAAAACGUCACCUCAACUAAACUGUUGGUGAUGUGUUUGUAAACUUUGUGCAUUUACCCACUUGUUCGGUUUGUACGAGCAAAUAAGCCUAAACACACAAAUCACACUCUGAUGGGGACUAAAUCAAUCAUUUGGACACCACCUAGAAGAGGUUCCAAACUAACUUAACUUUCAUGGUGCAUAUACUGUACAUCAUCAUAACCAACUGAAAGAUGCCUGGUGGGAUACAGUGCCUUUCUCAUUUUUAAGACAUGUAUUAAUAAAAAAAAAAAGUGUUUUUCUCUAAGUCUGUAUUUCACUCGUUACACAUUGCAGUAUAUUUCAUAAGAUUCAGAUUCACAAUGGUUCCCUUUGUUAGUUGGGCUUUAUUGACCACACUUUCCAUGAACCUUGGUUACAUAAAGUGAUUUUAAUCAGUCAGUCUUUUAGACUUCAGCGAUGUGUGAGGGCUUUUUCUUAGAAUGCUGCCGACGUGCAGUAAGUGAAGGGCCUUCCCUUAUCCUGCGUCAAUAAUCACCAUUCAAAAAAUAGUUUUUGUGGAACAACCUUUUUCUAGAGUUUUAAAGUUAUGGGAAUUGUCUGUGCCCCACUUUUAUUUUUGAAGACUACCCCUACCUCACUAGUCACUAUGACUGAAGAGACUUGUGGUGUGUCCAAGUCAGCUUCUGUAGUAUUCAUAAUAAAAACAUCCCGAAGGGAAGGAGGUAAACAAGGGAACAAUGGGAGUAAGCUUGUGAAUAGCCAAAGGACUUGUCACAGUCGUCAUGGGAAUAUCAGUUGAGCUCGGAAAGCAGCAGCGUAAGAGUUGACUGUCACCAUAGGCCUUUUUUUUUUUUUUUAAGUCUUAUUCAAGUUGACCAACAGAAAGACGCUUUGAGUGUGCAGCUGCACUGUUCUAACAGCAAGGCUUGCUCAUCAACCACAGCUUGACUUGCGGCCCUGUUUUCACCUCCAAGUAUGCUGGCAAAGAGCCACACAGCACAAUACUCCAUUCAGUGGGAAAUGUUGCUAUUAGCAUACACUAUUUUAUCAAUACCUGCCAAAUGUCAUAAUUGACCAACUUACAUUAAGAAUACACAGUCUGUCAUUGCCCUUGAACAUUACAAGUGUCCUUUUGCUUUGUUUAGUGUAGUUAAUGGAAAAAGUGCUAGAAAUUAUACACUGCCACUAUUUGUAUGAAGCAACAAAGGUCAUUUAGACACUCGCAGAUUUGUCAUUCCAGCAUUUAUAGCAUCUCCAAGCUCCCACAACUUUUCUACUUUUUUUUGUUUGUUUGGUAAUUGAGUACCUCACAGGUUUAUAUCUUCCAUGAAUGAUUUUAUGACUUUGUUGCUGAAUGAUGAUUGCAGACAGAGUUCUAUUUUAUAUUGAGUGUUGAACACACGUAUGCUGUUUGUUUCAUUUUUUUGUAUUACGUUUAUAUGUGUUGUGAAAAUAUGUUGGGGAAAAAUUCCUUUCCUCCUGUGGCGUGAAAACAAAUUUAUUUUGAGAGUAUUGUAUGGGAAAUAAAAAGUAGUCCAUUUGUCAAUGACAGAUGUUUACUUCUGGCAUUUUUCAGCUUUGAAAGAUGAAAACAUGUACAUAUAUUAGUGUUUUUUAAAGUGGCACAAAUUUCUUGGCGCGCCCCAGAGGACUUCACAGAAGGUGCAGCAGCUUGCAGAAAAAUGAAGAGAAUUUUGUGCACAUUUUCUAAACCUGCUAAGCAAAUGCCAUCUAUUCAAAAGGCAAAAUGUAUUCAUUCUCACUUCCUAAGAAGACAAAAUUAGACAUCAGAAAAUCAGUAGGUUAUCAAGGGCUGAUUUUAAAAGGAUUUAAAUGCAGUCAGGACUGUGCAAAAAUGAAUUGUGAUGUCAUCUGACUUGAAUUUGCAAUGGGUUUUAUUACAUUAUAGUUACAAGUUGUUUAUAUUAGCAGGGGUGUUUAUGCAUUUGUUUUUAAAUGUUAAAUGAGGUUAUUUAAAAAAAUAAA